UGAUCUGCUGAGUGGACUAAAGAUGGGGGAGCAAGGGGAUUGGCUGGAGGAUAACAGAGGAGACUGGGUGGCCAUCUUGGAUUUCCAGACCCCGACCAGUGCAGCCAAGGCUCCAGGGGACAACAUCACGGAGCAGGCCAGGACCAGUAGCGACAUAGUGGAGUUUACAGAGGACCAGUUGAUAUCUGGUGUUGCUUGCGGGAGAGACUGGACUUCUGAGGUGGUUAGUCACAAAGCCUGGCCCCGGAUCAGAACUCUGGAUCCGGAGCCGUCGCUCUUCCUUCCCGGCUCAAAACCAGGCCUGAACCACAAGGGACAGAGACACCACCACACAGAGCACAACCAGUGGACAGGUGGACUGAACAACCUUAGUCCUGGUGGUUAUCAAAGAAACAAAGGCUCCAGUCAGGGAUCCAGUCUGCAGCCCAGACCCUUCUCUUCACAGUCUCAGUGCAGGGAUGGAGCAGGGCCUGGGGCUGAUAGAGAUAGGCCCUCCUGUUCCUAUGAUACAAACACCACAGUAUCCAUGAUGAACAGAGCAGGUCAGCCUGGGCUUCAGCCUUCACAGAGAGUGGUGGGAGACGCCCCUGGUGGUAGUCUAUCAGCAAGUCUGUCUUCUCCUUCAGGGUCUCGUCUAAUGCCUGGUGACUGGGUUCAUAGAAGGUCUGGACCUGGGUCUAGCCUUCCUCAUGGUUACCCCACCAAUACAGACAGGGUCAGAAUGGGUGUUCAUCACAAGAGGUACCUAGCUUAUAACACAGCACACAAUCCCAACAACACCCAAACAAUGGCUAGAGGUCAAGGAGGGAGCUCAAAGACUAACCACCUGAGGGUGACUCCUGCUUCUACCUCCUCUGGUGUCAUUGGGUCACAACGUGGGAGGCAGAGCAUUAGGACGGAUGCUGACAAGCCGUACGUCUGCCCCACGUGUGGGAAGCGCUUCGCUGAUGCAAAUUAUGUGAAGAGGCACCAGACCGUUCACACCAAGGAGAAGCCCUUCAAGUGCAAACUAUGUUACAAGAGUUUUUCCUUCCUGACUAGCCUUAUCAGACAUAAGAGUGUCCACAAAGGGGAAAUAUCAUAGCGGUGUGGCUUGGGAUAUCUGGGAACUAUACUUUAGCUGAAAUAUAGUGUGAAGUGUCUUGGGGUAAGAGGAUAAUUAAUCACAUGCCCCUCGUUAACUUGGAAUUUGAAACAGGCUUGAGUAAAUGCCUGUUUUUAGAGAGACAGUAAACCUGGGCUAGAACAAGGAGAGUUUAAUAUUUACCUUACUGAGGUGAUGUAGAUGGAAUAAAGUAAUAUUACUUUUCUACUCUA